UCCAUUUCCAUCUUUUUCCCGUCCUAAGAUCGCUCUCUUCCUUGGCCUCAUCUGCGCUCGCCCAGCUGCUGCUCGGCAUCGCCCACCUUGGACUGGGAGGGGAGAAGCGAUCCUCCCCAGCUGAUGCACGCUGAGGGCGACGAGCAAUGGUCCGAUUCAAGAACCGCUGGCUGCUGCUCUCGCUCACCUUUGCUGGCCCCUCGUCGUCGGCAUCCUCCACUGACUCUUCUCAAGCUGCAUCAGCAUCAGCAUCAGCAGCAGCAGCAGUCGCAGCACCGCCGCCGCCGAAUCUGACUCCCUACGCGAUCCUGCAGCACCUCCGCGCCUCGCUGUCCGACAACUUUGGCGCAGCCUCGUCGGGCGCCAAUGGGGGAAGCCUCGCGAUCCGCUACUGGUCCGCGUCGACGCGCACGGCCAUUGUCCGUUGUGGCCGCGCGGGCGUCGCCGAUGUCGUGGCGGCCUGCACGCUGCUGGCGAGCAUCGAGGGCCGGCGCGUUCGUAUUGUUGUUCGCCAUGUCGGCGGCACCAUCCGCAAGGUGCAGGAGGCUGCCGUCCGGCUCGAUCGGCGGCGGAUCGAGAGGGCCAAGCUGGCGAGGAGAGGCAAGCUGGGUAUGGCAGGGCAUGACUCGGUGGAAGUUGGACAAGGGCCACGGGAAGAGCAGGAGGAGGAGGACGACGACCAGGGCGCCAUGGAUGCGCUCAUGCAGCUCAAGGACGACGACGACGAGGGCGACGAGGAGCAGCCGUAGCAGAUGGAACAACCAUAGUAAAUGGAAGCAAGGCAAACACAAUUGUAUCAUAAGCAACAAUCACAUCUCUCUUCACAUCAAGCAAGGUGCCUGCCUGCCUCGUCAGAAGUGAUG